AUGGCAUUUGUGGCACUGUUGAGCAUUUUGUGCACAUUUUUUGCUGUAGUCGCUGCCAAAGUGGAAAUCUCCAAGUGCGGCGGCUGUCACCAAGUUAAGAGCGAAUGUCCGAAAGUUUCCGGGAGCGGCAUCUUCUGUGCCAGUCUAUCAGAUCGUAACAAUAUCCAAGCCUACUCACAUCCAAAUGAAACCGCCAAUAAUGGCACACUGGCGGCAUGCGUGCCCAGUUAUUAUGAGGUCACAGCUGACAUAACGGACUGGUGUUGCUUUUGGAAUCCAACAAUUGGCUGUCAACAGCUGGCGGGCAGCUACUAUCAACAGCAUUCCGACUGGGAUGAAACCUGUGAGCUCUGCCUGCACUCCUGUGAAUGCGAUGCACAAAGCACAGCAGCCAGGAGCCCCCUUACCAGUGUACUCUUCCUGCUCUGCCUCACUAUGUUAGGCAUUCAUUGGGCGCUAUAAAUGUGCAUUUUAUUU